AAGAUUAUCCUGCUGGACUCUGAGCCUCAUAAACCGGCAGAUCCAGUCUGAGCAGGUUUCCUGGUCCCCUCCCUGCAGACCUGCAGCUAUAAGACGGGUCUGAACAACAGCUGAACACAGAGCUGACAGCCUUCGUUCUCUGCACACCUGAUUUGUAGAUCAGAGAUCAGGCGAGUUAGUAAAACUGUCUCAGUCUCAGUUAUCGAGAGGAGAAAUGGCGCAGAAAGGAGAUCAGGACCAGGAAACCUUUUCUUGUUCCAUCUGUUUGGAGGUUUUAAAGGAUCCAGUGACUAUUCCCUGUGGACACAGUUAUUGUAUGAACUGUAUUAAAACGUACUGGGAUGAAGGAGAGAAGAAACUCCCCAGCUGUCCUCAAUGUCAACGGACUUUUACACAGAAACCUGAGCUGGUGAAAAACACCAUGUUUGCAGCUUUAUUGGAGCAGAUGAAGAAGACCGGAUUCCAAGCUGCUCCUGCUGAUCACUGCUAUGCUGGACCUGAAGACGUGGCCUGUGAUGUCUGCUCUGGGAGGAAACUGAAAGCUGUCAAGUCCUGUUUGGUCUGUCUGGCCUCUUACUGCCAGAAACACCUCCAACCUCACCGUGAUUCAUCUACAUUCAAGAAACACCAGCUGGUGGAUCCCUCCAAGAACCUGCAGGACAACAUCUGCCCCUGUCAUGCUGAGGUGAGGAAGAUGUUCUGUCGUACUGAUCAGAAGUGUAUCUGUUAUCUCUGCUCUGUGGAGGAACAUAAAGGCCACGACACGGUCUCGGCUGCAGCAGAAAGGACGGAGAGGCAGACAGAGGUGGAGGUGAGACGACAACAAAUCCAGCAGCAGAUCCAAGACAGAGAGGAAGAUGUGAAGCUGCUUCAGCAGGAGGUGGAGGCCAUCGAUCAGUCUGCUGAUAAAACAGUGGAGGACAGUGAGGAGAUGUUCACUGAGCUGAUCUCUCUCCUCCAGAAGAGAAGCUCUGAGGUGAAGCAGCAGAUCAGAUCCCAGCAGGAAACUGAAGUGAGGAGAGUCAGAGAGCUGGAGGAGAAGCUGGAGCAGGAGAUCAGGGACCUGAAGAGGAGAGACGCUGAGAUGAAGCAGCUCUCAGACACCGAGGACAACAACCAGUUCCUCCACAGCUGCCAAUCACUGCCACCACUCAGUGAGUCCACACACUCCUCCAGCAUCAGCAUCCGUGCUCUCACACACUCCUCCAGCAUCAGCAUCCGUCCUCUCAGCUACUUUCAGGAUGUGGCAGCAGCUGUGUCAGAGGUCAGAGGUCGACUACAAGACAUCCUGGGAGACACGUGGACAAACGUCUCACUGGCCAUCACUGAUGCGGAUGUUUUACUGUCACAAACAGAACCAGAACCAGAGACCAGAGCUGGAUUCUUGAAGUAUUCAUGUGAAAUCACUUUGGAUCCAAACACAGUAAGCACACGGCUGUUACUGUCAGAGCAGAACAGAAAGGUGACUCGGGUGGACCAACAUCAGUCUUAUCCUGAUCAUCCAGAGAGAUUCAGUGAUAAGUGGUCUCAGGUCCUGAGUAGAGAAAGUCUGACUGGACAUCGUUACUGGGAGGUGGAGACAGCAGGUUAUGUUGAGGUGGCAGUUUCAUACAAGAAUAUCAGCAGAUCAGGGGAUGAAAGUGGAGUUGGAUUUAAUGACAAAUCUUGGACACUACGUUGUCACUCAGGCAGUUAUGUAUUCUGGUACAAAGGAAACCAAACCCCCUUCUCAGGUCCUGGGAGCUCCAGAAUAGGAGUUUACCUGGAUCACAGAGCAGGAGUUCUGUCCUUCUACAGCGUCUCUGAAACCAUGACCCUCCUCCACAGAGUCCAGACCUCCUUCACUCAGCCGCUACACGCUGGAGCCGGGAUUGACUACAAUACUGGAGACUUAGUUGAGUUCUGUAAACUCAAAUAAGUCAUGAAGACAAACAUGUUUCCUCUUCAUGUUUUUAUUGGUUUUCUUUUCUUCUCAGAGACGAUCGUCUCAAACUCUGACGGAUGGAGGGACGUUUUUGUUCUAUAAGUUGAUGUUUUGUUGUUAUUUCCUCUUUUGGAGGUGGAAGUUGUUCUUGUGUAGUUUCACCUGGGAAAUAUUAAUAAUAUUAACAUCUUCUAUUUCAUUAUAAAAACAUAGAAAUAAGCCUGUGUUGUAAUUGAUGUUAACUACUAGUUUGGAUGUGUUUCUAUGUUGUAUUUCUCUUUUCUUCCUCUUCAUGGACUCCAACAGACGAGCCACCAGACCUUCUUCAUCUCUGAUAUCACGUCUGCAUUCUUCAUUAGCAAACCAAAGGUUCCUGUUUUCUAAAGAUACAACUAUUGUCUAGACAUGAGAACAAAGUAAAUGAUUCCAGAGACGUUAGUGACAGCAGCAACGCAGCAAACGGUUGAGUGAAGCCUGUAGUUGGUGUGAAAGUGUUGGGGCCGGUAGUCGUCGCUGCAGCUGCAGGACCAGACUAGAUCUGCACAUCACAUGUUGUUGAUAUCCAAAUCUGUUGACCAUGUUUCAUGUUUAACAAUCUGAAUAUUUAGUGAGAAAUAAAACU